GAGGGGCGGGACCAGGAGGGAGACCACGCCCCGAGGGUGGGCGGGGCCUCGCGUUUCUAUAAAAGCCGGGCGCGCGGCGCCGUCCUGGACCCGCCGUGCUCCGCUCUCUCGCAGUCGCUAUGCCGUCGCUCACCGUGAAGGCCUAUCUUCUGGGGAAGGAGGAAGCGGCGCGCGAGAUCCGCCGCUUCAGCUUCACCUUAUGCUUCACGCCCGGGUCGCAGACGGGGGACGAGUUGCCGGCGGCGGUUCCCGGGCCCUGCGAGCGGCUGCUGUGCCGGGUGGCCACCCUGUUCCCCGCGCUACGACCCGGCGGCUUCCAGGCGCACUACCGCGAUGAGGAUGGGGACUUGGUUGCCUUUUCCAGUGACGAGGAGCUGACCAUGGCCUUGUCCUAUGUGAAGGAUGACAUCUUCCGCAUCUACAUUAAAGAGAAGAAGGAGUACCGGAGGGAGCACCGCCCCCACUGUGCCCAGGGAGUGCUGCGCCCCAUGUUACACCCCAAUGUGAUCUGCGAUGGCUGUGAUGGGCCUGUGGUGGGAACCCGCUACAAGUGCAGCGUGUGCCCAAACUACGACCUCUGCUCUGUGUGUGAGGGGAAAGGCAUUCACAGCGAGCACAGCAAGAUCGUGUUUGCCAGUCCUCUGGGCCACUGUGCUGAGGGCUUGCCUUUCAGCCGCCUGUUCCGGAAGCUGAAGCAUGGCCACGGUUGGUGUGGUAGCUGGGAGAUAGGCCCUCCAGGCAACUGGAGCCCUCGUCCUGCUCGAGCAGGGGACUCCCGCUCCAGCCCUGCCUCGGAAUCAGCUUCUGGCCCAUCAGAAGAUCCCAGAGUGAAUUUCCUGAAGAAUGUAGGGGAGAGCGUGGCAGCUGCCCUCAGCCCUCUGGGCAUUGAGGUAGAUAUUGACGUUGAGCAUGGGGGGAAGAGAAGCCGCCUGACACCUGUCUCCCCUGAGAGCGCCUCCCCUGAGAGCGCUGGCACUGAGGACAAGGGCAGCUCCCAGCCCAGCAGCUGUUCUUCUGAACCUCGAAAACCUGAUGGUGAUGGUGCCACACAGUCUCUGGCAGAGCAGAUGAAGAUGAUUGCCCUGGAGUCUCCGGGGCAGACAGAGGAACAGAUGGAAUCGGACAAUGGUUCGGGUGGAGAUGAGGACUGGACUCACCUGUCCUCAAAGGAAGUGGACCCAUCCACAGGGGAGCUGCAGUCUCUCCAGAUGCCAGAGUCAGAAGGGCCAAAUUCUCUGGACCCUGCUCAGGAGGAGCCCACAGGGCUGGAGGCAGCCUUGUACCCGCAUCUCCCACCAGAGGCUGACCCACGCUUGAUCGAGUCCCUGUCACAGAUGCUGUCCAUGGGAUUCUCAGAUGAAGGUGGCUGGCUCACCCGGCUCCUGCAGACCAAGAAUUAUGACAUCGGGGCUGCGCUGGACGCCAUCCAGUAUGCCGGGCCACCAUCACUGUGACGCAGCCCUGGCCUGGGCCUGCUUUCCUUUCUCCUAAUUGUGUUGAGGUAGCCUAGAGCAGCAGGCCCAUGAGGGUACUUUCUUGGUGUCCUUCUACAAUCUUGGGGUGGGGAUGAGCCAUGGGGCAGAGGGCAGGGGACAGGGCAUGACUGCCAGGUCCUCUGCUGUCCCUGCCACCAUCACCAGCAACACAGAUCUUGCCUGUGGCCUUGUGCUUGUUCUUACAAAUGACCAUACCAACACUUAGUUGAUGUUGUCACUGUCUGUGUAUUUGGGGGUGGCAAGGCACAGGCUAAGGGGUUUCCUGCCAGAAGUGGCAAGGGACUUGUUAGGGAAGUCACCCAGCGGCCUCCUGUGUAGCCACUCUAGUCUCAUUUCCAAAUGUAGUAGCUGUUCUUAAAGUAAGAGAAUCCUAUUGUAGCCACCCUGUUUGCUGAUUUGGAAUUGCCUGUCAUUAAACAGCAUAUGCACUUUAA